AUGUUUCCGUAUGUUGAGAAGCCGACAGCAACGCCGGCGUAUUGCUCCGAGUCGACUCAGUCAUUAGCACCUCAAUUUUCAUCUCAAGUGCGAUAUAGUGCGUUAUCCCCAAUUAGUGUCGACCGGCCCCCUUUUACAAUGUCUCCCGAUUUAUUGAACCCCCCCGAAGUCCCUCGUUUUCACCCGAUUACUGUGCAAACCCUUGAGACCCAAUUAUCGACAUAUUCGAAGCCAACACCAUCACAAUUUACACAAAAUGCAUUUUCACCGUUUCAAAGGCGAUUUCAAAAGACCAGUGCGAUCAAAGAAGAAGAACCAAAACCAUUUCAGAAGUAUGAGGGAACGGGGUAUACUUCAAAUUCAUUCACUCAACAAAAACUUCCAAAUCAAACUUUUUCUUCCUUUCAAAACAUCUCACACUUCGCACCUGUUGCUCCUCCACCACAAUCCCUCUUCAAAAAAUGCGUCCCUCCUGUCAUCCAAGCUAGAAGACAACCAGAAGUUAAAACAGAAAACUUCGACUUGUCCUUCUCGGAAAAGACUACGUCGAGCUUUAACGACAUCUCCCCAACUCGAACAGUCUUUUCCCCUAUUAAUUUGGUCCAAACUAAUCAAACACAAACAUCAAAUGUCUUGAGAUACCCAAGACCCGUCUCAGCAACAAGCGAAAUCCUCUUCCAACCGUCGUAUACACACAACUCUAUGUUCUCCCCUCUCAACCAAAACUUCUGUCUCCAACAAAACACCCCGUUCGAACGACCACAAAGCGUCCCGACUAAUUCCGCAGUGGCUGAAUUGACAAUACCGAAAGAACUCGAAACACAUCGAAUCACUAAAUACGAGGGUCUCAGCGAAUUUCAGACGUACGAGGAGGCGAUGCAGGCACUCAAUGAAUGGGCAAAGGACGUUGGAGUCGUUUUGAGAAAGGGAAGCGGAAAUAACAAAUCGAUGAAAGACGGAACGAAGAGGAAAGUCGUCUUAGUGUGUCAAUGUUCAGGGAAAUAUAGGAGUUGCUCGGGGUCUCCUACAGAAGAAGUCGAGUUGAGUAAAAUUAAUGAAAAGACUAAGGGGACAAGAAAAAGAAGAUCAAAAAAGACGGGGUGCCCAUUUAGAAUUAAUUUGAAUUUUAGAACGAAAACUAACACGUGGAAUAUCACUAAGAUGAUCUGUGAACAUAACCAUUUAUGA